AUUGACGUUGUGCCCGUGCAGGCCUGAUGAUGUCAGAGCUUUAAUAAGGAAGCAGAAAUGGAUCAGAAAGCAGCAAGAUCUUCUCCAGCUCCCCUCGUCUCACUCUGAGAACCAGUCGUUUGCUUCUACACUCCACCUGAUUUAGGAAGAUGUCGUCCUGCCGUCUGAUCGUCCUGUCGGCCGUGGUGCUGCUGCUCUGCACCGCCGCUAUCACUGAAGGGAUGCGGUACAGCAGUGUGAGGACGUCCUGCUGUUACACAUUUGCCCAAAAGCCCCUGAAGUCGACCAACGUGCAGAGUUACAGUCUGAGCAGCCCGCAGUGCAUCAACCAGGCCGUGAUGUUCAAAACCAUGAAGGGAAAGCAGGUGUGCGCCAGACCCACUGAGCAGUGGGUGAAGAAGCUCAUGAAGCUUCUGGACAACAAAAAAAGUGGAAGCCAGGGAUCUGUGUAACGAUCAUCAUCAUCAUCAUCAUCAUCAUCAUCAUCAUCAUCAUCAUCGUUUUUAUGAUUUUUGCACAAACUCCUGUCGGCAUUUCUGUGCAUCUACAGAACAUCACUAAAUAAAUCAGAUUGUAAAAGUGAUAUCACACCAGUUUAAUGCCUUAUUAUGGAUGUUAUACGUCUUAUCUCAGGUUUUCUUCUUAGAUAUUGUGUUGAUAUUCUACUGUGUAACAUUGUGUUCAUGAUAAUGUGGUAUAAAUAAGCUAACGUGCUGUAUAAACGUACAAACAAAGCAAAAAAAAAUACAA